AUGUCAGAAAGGGUUGACUGGUUACAAAGCCAAAAUGGAGUAUGCAAAGUCGAUGUCUAUUCUCCUGGAGACAGCCAACCCCAGGACUGGAAAAUGGAAGCGUCAACAGAUCCUGUCAGAGUGCUCAGCUGGCUCCGCAGAGACCUGGAAAAAAGUACAGCAGAAUUCCAAGAUAUUAGAUUCAAGCCUGGAGAAUCGUCAUUUGGUGAGGAAACUGCCAACCCAGGAAACAGAGGUUUCUGUGUAGACUAUUUCAACAACCCCCAGAAGGGCAGUCCAGGGAGAUUGCAUUUUGAGGUAACUCACAAAGAGACUCCCUCCCAGGACCCCUGUCCUCAAGCUGGUAAAGGGAGUUCAGUCGAUGAAGUUUCCUUCUAUGCUAACCGCCUCACAAAUCUAGUCAUAGCUAUGGCCCGCAAGGAGAUCAAUGAGAAGAUCGACGGCUCUGAAAACAAAUGUGUCCAUCAAUCAUUGUAUGUAGGGGAUGAACCUGUACCCAAAAAGAGCCUGAGUACAGUAGCAUCAGAGUUGGUGAAUGAAACUGUCUCUGCAUGUGCCAAUACAACUUCCCCAGACAAGGCUCCUGGCUCUGGAGACAGAGCCUCCGGAUUAUCACAGAGUCCCCCAAAUUUGAAGUACAAGAGCACUUUGAAAAUCAAGGAGUGUACCAAGAAAAGCAAGUGUCCAGAUGACAAGUCCGCUUCUAAGAAGUCUUUCUUCUAUAAGGAAGUGUUUGAAUCUCGGAAUGCAGGUGAUGCCAAAGAGGGUGGAAAGUCCCUACCUGGGGAGAAAAAGAUGUUCAGUGGGCAGGAAAGGCCUAGUGACUUUACAGCUUCCGUUAGUCAAGGGAUCAUGACCUAUGCCAAUAGUGUGGUAUCGGAUAUGAUGGUCUCCAUCAUGAAGACACUGAGGAUCCAAGUGAAGGACACAACUAUUGCCACCAUCUUACUAAAGAAGGUACUGAUCAAACAUGCAAAAGAAGUCGUCUCAGAUCUCAUUGAUUCCUUCAUGAAGAAUCUCCACAAUGUCACCGGGACCCUUAUGACUGAUACAGACUUUAUCUCAGCUGUGAAAAGAAGUCUCUUCUCUCAAGGAAGCCAAAAGGCUACAGAUAUCAUGGACGCCAUGCUAGGUAAACUAUACACUGUGAUGUUUGCCAAAAAAUUCCCUGAUAAUCUCCGGAAAACCAAGGAUAAGUCAGAGAGUUAUUCCCUCCUCUCCAUGAAAGGAAUAGACCGAAAUAUGAACUUUACAAUGAAAUCUGAAGCUAAAGUGAAAGAAAAGACAUAUUCGUCAGGCAAACCAGAGAAGGAGAAGACUUGCGCUGAAACCCUGGGUGAGCAUAUUAUCAAAGAGGGGUUGACUAUGUGGCAUAAAACUCAAAAGAAAGAGUGUAAAUCUCCAGAUUUCGAACCUGCAGCUACCAACAAACAGAAAAGUCCUGCACCAGACAUUCCCUUUGAGUGUCUGGAUCCUUGCAGUUUCAGCCCUUCUCUGCAUUUCCCAGAGAUACCAGAGAAUUUUAUGUGUGAUUCAGACUCCUGGGCCAAGGACCUGAUUGUGUCUGCCCUGCUUCUGAUUCAGUACCACCUGGCUCAGGGAGGAAGGAUGGAUGCACAGAGCUUCCUUGAAGCUGCUGGCUCCUCCAACUUUCCCAUCACCAAGACCCCUGUAGUUUUAGAUGAAUCCAGCCUUAAGACCCCUCACGUGGUAUGUGACCAAGAACAAUCAGAAAAGAAGGAUCUAAUGAGUGUUUUCUUCAAUUUUAUCCGGAACUUACUUGGUGAAACUAUUUUCAAGGGUGACAAUAGCUGUGAAUCCAAGGCUCCAGAAAAGUCAGAUAAGGAAAAAGAUUGCAACCAGGGUGAAAGACCUGCGACCACUUCCCCCAAAUUAUCUGAAGGUGAUGAGGCUGGUGCCUUUUCUGGGCUGACCAAGAUGGUUGCCAACCAGCUGGAUGGCAACAUGAAUGGGCAAAUGGUAGAUCAUCUGGUGGACUCAGUGAUGAAGUUGUGUCUCAUUAUUGCCAAGUCCUGUGACUCUCCCUUGGCAGAGCUGGGAGAUGAGAAAAGUGGGGGUGCCAGCCGGCCAAAUUCAGCCUUCCCAGAGAGUUUGUAUGAGUGUUUACCAGUCAAAGGCACAGGAACAGCAGAGGCUCUCCUACAAAAUGCCUAUCAAGCCAUCCAUAAUGAACUGAGAUGUGCAUCAGGACAGCCCCCUGAAGGAUGUACAGCACCCAAAGUGAUUGUCAGUAAUCACAACCUAUCUGACACAGUUCAGAACAAGCAACUCCAAGCUGUUCUUCAAUGGGUAGCUGCUUCUGAGCUCAAUGUCCCGAUUUUGUACUUUGCUGGUGAUGAUGAAGGGAUCCAAGAGAAGCUACUUCAGCUCUCGGCUGCUGCUGUAGACAAGGGACGCAGCGUAGGGGAGGUUCUGCAGUCGGUGCUGCGCUAUGAGAAGGAGCGACAGCUGAAUGAGGCGGUGGGAAAUGUCACACGGCUGCAGCUGCUGGACUGGCUGAUGGUGAACCUGUGA